AUGGGAAAGUCAAGACGAAACAGAGGCGGCCCAAGCCAUCGCAAGGACCCCAUCGCCAAAACCGUCAAGCCCCCAUCCGACCCCGAACUCGCCGCCCUCAGGGAAAAGUCCAUCCUGCCCGUCAUCAAGGACCUGCAGAGCGCCGACCCCAAGUCGCGCACCGCCGCCGCCGAGGCCGUCUCCAACCUCGUCUCCAACGAAAAGUGCCGGAAGCUGCUGUUGCGUGAGCAGAUUGUCCACAUCGUCCUGAACGAGACCCUCACCGACGCCAGCCUCGACAGCCGCGCCGCCGGUUGGGACAUUUUGAGGGUUCUCGCCGAGGAGGAGGAGGCCGACUUUUGCAUUCACCUGUACCGUCAAGAUGUGCUGAGCGCCAUUGGUUUUGCUUCUCAGACUGUUCUCCAAAACCUUGCCAAGGGCUCAUCUCUGAGCAAGGGCGAGACAAAGGUCACCUGGACCAUCACCGAGUCCGUCAUUGGCCUUUUGUCCGCUCUCGCCGAGGCCCAGGAUGAGGUCCUCGAAGCCAUUGUGGGCAUCGAGGGUAUCAAGCACUUGCUCUUCACCGUCAUCGCUCACCCCGACACACCGUCAAGCAUCUGCCUCGACGCUCUCUCUGCCCUCCUGACUCUUUCCGAAGACAACCAGCGUCUGGCGCAGGAUGUCGUCGCCGACGAGAGCCCCAAGCCGCUCACGGCCUUGACUAAGCUGCAAGAGGUCGCUGGCGCAAAGGGCGUUCUGGCUUGCGGUAUUCUGCACAACAUCUUCACCACCUUGCAUUGGUUCGACAGCACGCCGGGCCCCAAGGACCUAUCUGACGCCUCACUCAUCCCGACUCUGUCAUCGGCACUCAAGAACACCGCGCCGGAAACUGAUUUGCCACCCAGGAGCCAAUGGUCCAACCCGACCGAGGUUCUUCAGCUUGCCCUGGAGAUCCUGGCCGACGUUGGAACCACGCUGCAGCAGUCCCUCCAGGGAGGCGACAGCAAGAAGGCCAAGAAGGAGGAAUGGAACGGAAUCGAAGACGACGACACCGCCAUGGACGAGGACGUCAAGGAGGACAACGGCUCCGGCGAUGAAGACAUUGGCGAGGGUGAGGACGACGAGAAUGACGACGACUCCAUGGACGAAGACGAGAUGCAGGCCGACAUGGACCUCGUCACCGGCGCCGACGACGACGUUGACGAGGAGGCGACCAUGGACGACCUGCCCACUCUGCGCGAGCUUGUACAACAGGCCAUCCCGCAGCUCAUCACCCUCGCGACCCCGUCAUCAUCACAAGCAGAGGGCGACGACGUCCGGGUACAAGCCCACGCCCUGGCCGCCCUCAGCAACAUCGCCUGGUCCAUCUCCGUCUUUGACUUCUCCGACGACCACAACGCCGGUAUCCUCAAGGCCUGGGCCCCGUCCGGCAAGGCCGUCUGGGGCCAAGUCAUCGCCCCGAUCCUGGCCGCCAACACCGCCGACGUCGAGCUCGCCACAAAGGUCACCAGCCUCGCGUGGGCUGUGUCCCGCAGCCUGCCCCGCCGCCUACCCCUCGGCGGCGACGAGCACACAAAGUUCAUGGCGCUGUACCACGCGACCAAGAACCUGCCCUCAAAACAGGCGGCCGAGACGACGGCGGCCAACGGAGACAAGGCAAAGGACGAGGAGCCCGAAGACCCCUUCCAGGGUCUCGGCGUAAAGUGCAUCGGCGUCCUGGGCCAGCUGGCGCGGGACCCGGCGCCCCUUGCGCUCAACAGGGAGAUUGGCGUGUUCCUGAUCACGGUGGUGACUGCCCUGCCAGAGACCCCGGCGGCCGACGCCGUCGAGGCCCUGAACCAGUUGUUUGACAUUUACGGAGACGAGGACAUGCCGUGCGACAAGGAGGUGUUCUGGAAGGACAACUUUAUUCAGCACCUCGAGACGGUUCAGCCCAAGGUCAAGGCCUUGGUCAAGACGAUUGAUAAGAGGACUCUUCCUGAGCUGCGCACGCGUACUGAGGAGGCUGUGUUGAACCUGGGACGGUUCAUUCAGUACAAGAAGAAGAACAAGGCAUGA